AGGGAAUUUGAGUGACAGGCAAAACAGUAAACGUCGUUUGUUAAAGUUAAUAAAUAUUAGAAUAUAUUUAUUAUGAUAUCAUAAGGGUAGGGCAAGUGCGACUAUGUCCGAUAAUGCAUUAAAACUAAUAAUUUUAUAGUUCGUGGCACAAAAUGGUAGAAGUGUUAGUGGAACACGACUACACCGCAAAGGAACCCAACGAAUUAACAAUCACGAAGGGCGAUAUUAUCAAAGAUGUGACCAAGAAGCAGGGCGGCUGGUGGGAGGGCACCUUGAGGGACAAGAAGGGCCUGUUCCCGGACAACUUCGUCAAAGUGAUAGACAAAGACUCGUCGGUAGUGUUAAGGAACAGGAAAGACGCGUCCAGGAUACGGCAGUGUAGGGUUGUGUUUAGCUAUAAGCAGGACCACGAAGAUGAGCUUAAUUUAAAUGUGGGUGAUAUCAUCGAUAUAUUGGGAGAGGAGGAAGAAGGCUGGUGGAGAGGGCUCCUCAACGGGAAGGAGGGCGUGUUUCCGUCGAACUUCGUCGAAGAAAUUGUGCCUGUCCCAACUAAAAUUAAUACUAGCAGGGAAAACCUUACUAAUAAUAGCGGGAGCCAUGAGCCAGUGCCGCCGCUUUUCGCUAAACCUGUUAAAACCUUCUGCGAAGUCAAAUUCCCGUACAAAGCACAAAACGAAGACGAGCUGACGCUGAGAGAGGGCGACCUCGUCACCCUCAUCAGCAAGGACGGCCAGGACCCGGGCUGGUGGAAGGGCGAACUCAACGGCUUGGUCGGCGUUUUCCCCGACAACUUCGUCACGCUCUUGCCCCUGUUCCCCGACGACGGCACGACGAAGGACGAGAAAAAACCAAAAAGCCACGUGGAGCCGGUCUCCGUCAAACCUAGCGCGAUAAAUGCACAACGAAAGUCGUUGGAGGUCCUGAAUAACGAAAAAGACGGCGAGAGCGCGACCACCAAGACCACCCCGCCGCUGCCCGGCAAGAAACCCAGCAUCCCGCUGAAGAAGUCGCCGUCGAGCGGCAGCUCGUCGGGCGGCAUCUUCUACGGCUUGAAGAAGAAGCUGGUGGACGUGGUGGACGGCGCCACGGGCAGCAAGAUUUCGCCGCCGAAGACUGAGAGCGAGAGCGCGGCGCCGGAGAAUGUGUUCGACGACGUCCACAGGAGGCCGCUGCUGGCGGACGUGAGGGCCAGCCGACCUAAAGCACCAGGGCGGCGCCCCCCGUCCAUGGUGGGCCGCGACCCCGAGCCGGGCCUGGUCAACGGCAACUCCGACCAGCCCAUGGAGCCCCUCAGCGAGCCGCCAGAGACGGACUCGACCGAAACCAAGCCCAAACUGCGCGAAUGGGAAAAGCACCCGGCGCCAUGGCUCGAGGAAAUGAAGCUCAAUCAGGCCAAGCGCAGCUCGAACGUGCCAGGUCCGGACAAGCUCAAAUUGACCCCUACGGAGAAAAGCGACAAGAAGGAACCAAGCCCCAUAGAUAAAUCUAAGUCAAUAGCUGCUAGCUUGAGCAGAGUGAAGACCCCGACCAACGAAUUUCCAGUCAUUCGCAGCAAACCCAACGUGCCAAUACCGAGUAGACCUCAGACCAUUCAGAACGUGGCGGGAUUGAGCGACGUGUAUGUCCCGAAGACGCACACGAAGGUGUCGCCGGUGAGCAGCAAGACGCCGAUGGUGAAGGCGGAAACGCACGACAGUAGCGCGGGAGGCGACGGCGUGGAGGAAGGCGCGAAGAGCUACGGGGAGCUGGAGCAGAGGAUAGCCAGGCUGGAGGAGCUGCUGGAGAAGCAGCAGCAGAACUUCGAAGCCGCCGUAGACGAGCUCCGAGGGAAACUGCAGCUGGAAGCCGAGUUGAGGAUGAAGCUUCAAGCGAAAUUGGAGAGGCUAACUUUAGACGGUGCAAUCCAACAACUUUAAUUUUAUUUUUAUAUUAUUUAUAAGCAAGUAAUUCGCCAUUUAUAUUGUAGGGGGUAGUCGAUGCCGUUGCGUUUUCGAUGGAAAGUCAGCAAUUUAAUCAGUAGGGGGGCUCGAGGACGCACUUUGUGUUGCUUCACAUAUCAUCGCGCUAAAACUUGACGAAAAAUAUUGUUCCUAUUGUGUUACAACGAUUUGUUCCUUGUGGAUCUCUUUCAUUGUGUGUAGUCCACGAGCACGACUUCUAGUCACUAAUAACGUGCUGCCCAAUUAAAAAAAAAAAAAAGUUCGUCUUCCUUACUAAUUUAGGCUUAAAUUUUAACUUUGUGCGAAUCAUGCAUAUCCCCCCUGGAGCGUCCAUACUAAUUAGAUUGCCGAAAACGAAAAACGAGAGAGAAUUGCAAGAUUUUAUAUAAAACAGCUACCGCAAUUUUUAUAUAGCAUUUUUACCACUUAGCCUAAUUCAACAGAUACCCUAUAUAUUGUGAAAGUAUUAAAGAUCAUUCCAUUGCUCAGUAGGAUUUUCACCAUCUAUUUAUUUGAUCACGUUGUAUAUUUUAUUCCAUUUAUCUUUUUAUAUAUUAUGUAUCGCAUUUUAUUGUUUACUUUAUAUGUGUGAGGGUUGUAUUUCGUACUGUGUUGACGAGUCGCCCCAUAUUUCAACUAUUUUGUUAGUGAGUUCUUGUAUUUUUAUAUUCUUAUAUGAUUAAGUGUUCAAAGACGGUGAUAGGCUAGCUUUUAAAUAACCCAAAAAGCGCUAAAUGGUUUCGUUUGCUUGAUUGGUAGCUGAGUUUCUGGGUUCAGUUUUAAAGCGAGAUGUCGGCGGCGAACUUGAACCCAGUAUUGUUUUGUACAUUUGAAUUUGAUUUUCAAAACAGAUACGAACAGCAGAUAUAUAAUGUUGUAAUUAAGUUUAACAUUCCAUAAUUAACUUAAUGUAAAUAAAAUUAAAUUUAUUUAAAUGAAAGAAUUGUACUUAGGAAUAUUGUUGAGAGAAUAACAAUAAAUAAGAUACUUAAA